GUGGCGGGGGUGAGCGGAGAACGAAACCAGAGCCGCCACACAAAUGUAGGCAAAUCGUCAGCUGCAGCCAGCAGGAGCAGGAGGGCUCAUAUCCACCAGCCCCAGCGGACGAGCCCGUAGCGUGAGGGCAAGAGAAGAAAAUCGAGGAUAUCCAUGGUUUCUUGUGGUCGAGGUUGGCGUUAGCGUGUAAGGACAUAAAGGAGGUGGCCAUGAACUCGGCCGAGCAGACGGUAACAUGGCUUAUUACGCUGGGGGUCCUGGAGUCGCCCAAAAAGACAGUGUCAGACCCCGAGGGCUUCUUGCAGUCCAGCCUGAGGGACGGAGUGGUGCUGUGCAGGCUGCUGGACAGACUACAGCCAGGAUUAAACCUCACGGUCUGUCAGGAGCCCCGGACCGACAGCGAGUGCUUGAGCAAUAUCAGGGAGUUCCUGAAGGGCUGUGCUGCCGCUUCAUUCCGUCUGGAGACGUUCGAGCCUGAUGACCUGUUCCAGGGCCAAAACUUCACCAAGGUGCUGAAUUCCUUGGUAGCACUCAACAAGGCAACUGCGGACAUCGGUGUAGGAAGUGACUCUGUAUGUAUGCGACAGUCCUCCUCUCUGCGGAUCAAAUCUUUUGACUCUCUCAACACUCAGCCCUCCCACAGAAGAUCAUCCAAAAUACUACACAAUCAGUACCGCAGUCUGGACAUGUCUGAGAACAGUUCAGCUCAGUUGUUGGUGAAGGCACGGUUUAAUUUCCAGCAGACCAAUGAGGACGAGUUAUGCUUCAACAAGGGCGACAUCAUCCAGGUGACGCGGCAGGAAGACGGCGGCUGGUGGGAAGGAUCGCUCAACGGCAAGACUGGCUGGUUCCCUAGCAACUAUGUCAGGGAGGUCAAAGGAAGUGACAAGCCCAUCUCCCCCAAGUCUGGGACGCUGAAGAGUCCGCCCAAAGGGUUCGAGACUAGCACUGUUAGCAAGACCUACUAUAACUUGGUGAUCCAGAACAUCGUGCAGACGGAGACAGAAUACUGUAAAGAAUUACAGACUCUGCUCUCGACAUACCUCAGACUACUGCAGCCCACUGGCAGUCUGACAGUGGCAGAUAUUGCUUAUAUUCUGGGCAAUCUAGAGGAGAUCUGCUCCUUCCAGCAGACGCUGGUUCAGUCACUGGAAGAAUGCACCAAAUUUCCAGAGAGCCAGCAGAGGAUAGGAGGGUUCUUCCUUUCCCUGAUGCCUCAGAUGAAGAGCCUUUAUGUAACUUACUGCUCCAACCAUCCCCAUGCUGUCAGUGUACUCACACAACACAGUGAGGAGCUGGGUGAAUUCAUGGAGAGUAAAGGUGCAAGUACUCCUGGUAUUCUCACCCUCACCACCAGCCUGAGUAAACCCUUCAUGAGACUGGACAAAUACCCCACACUGCUCAAAGAACUGGAGAGGCACAUGGAGGAGUUUCACCCAGACCGUGCAGACAUUCAGAAAAGCCUGACUACAUUCAAAAACCUCUCUACUCACUGUCAGGAGUUGAGGAAAAAGAAAGAGCUGGAGCUGCAGAUUCUGACUGAGCCGGUGCGUGGCUGGGAGGGAGAGGGCAUUAAGACUCUGGGCUCUGUCAUCUACAUGUCUCAGGUCCUCAUGCAGAACCACGGCAGCGAGGAGAAGAACGAGCGUUACCUACUGCUCUUCCCUCAUGUGCUACUUGUGCUCUCUGCCAGCCCUCGAAUGAGCUGCUUCAUCUACCAGGGGAAGCUUCCUCUAACAGGGAUGAAUGUCAACAAGAGUGAAGAUACAAGAAAUGCUUUUGAAAUAUCAGGGAGUAUGAUUGACAGGAUACAGGUGAUCUGUAAUAACCAGGAGGAUCUCCAUGAGUGGGUGGAGCAUCUUCACCGCCAGACUAAACGUACAUCAACCAGCAGUUCUAAACCACAGUCGGUGCCAUGCCAUACGCUCCCCUCUCACCCAGUCACACCGUCCCGACACUCAGAGAGUCGAGGAACAAGUGGAGCUCCUGCCUAUCACACGCUUCCACAUCCCUCUUCACACGGCACCCCACACAGCACCAUGAUGUGGGGUCCUCUGGAGCCACCCAAAACCCAGAAACCCUGGAGCCUCAGCUGUCUCAGACCAGCACCUCCACUCAAACCUUCAGCUGCUCUAUCCUAUAAAGAGGAUCUCAGUAAGAGCCCCAAGAGUAUGAAGAAGCUUCUGCACAAACGCAAACCUGAAAGGAAGCCAUCAGACGAGGAAUUUGCUGUGAGGAAAAGCACUGCAGCCCUGGAGGAGGACGCGCAGAUCCUCAAAGUAAUUGAGGCUUACUGCACAAGUGCCAAGACACGACAAACGCUCAACUCAACUUGGCAAGGCACUGAUUUGAUGCAUAAUCAUGUGCUGGCUGAUGUUGACCAAUCGUGUGUGGAGGCUAUGGGUUGCCGUACCAGCAUGUUACGCCUGGAACCCGCAUCUGACCAAUCAGAAGACUCGGACUAUGACAGUAUAUGGACUGCUCAUAGUUACAGAAUGGGUUCCAUCUCUCGUUCGAGAAAGGAGUCAGGGCCUCAUAUGCUUUUCCCUGAAGAGGAGAAGAUUAUUGUGGAAGAAACAAAGAGCAAUGGGCAAACAGUGACUGAAGAAAGGAGUCUGGUGGACACAGUGUAUGCACUGAGGGAUGAAGUUCAGGAACUCAAGCAGGACAACAAAAGGAUGAAGAGGACUCUGGAGGAGGAACAGAAGGCAAGAAAAGAGCUGGAGAAGAUAGUUAGGAGGGUAUUAAAGAGCAUGAAUGACCCCUCUUGGGAUGAGACCAAUUUAUGAAGUUGGUCAGCGAUGAUUAGCCGAUAUGCAUGCAGCCCAUGCCUGGCACUGAAAGGGGAUGGAGGACACUGUAGAAUGGAAACAACAUCCUGUAAUGCAGCAUGUGUGAUUGGUUGAAGAAUCAGGCUUAACUUUUGACCAAAAAAAAAAGAAAUUGAGCUGAGCCUGAAGUUGAAGAUGAUGGAGAUGCUAAAUGACUGAACUGGACCAGAGCUUUUCACUUCCAAUCACUGGAUUAAGGCCUGUUAUAGACUCUCUUUAGAAGUUUACCAGUGCCAAAUUUGCCAAAUGGAUAAUUUAGCCUCUGAACUGUAAGUAUAUAUCAAGGAACAGAUAUUGGAAUAAGUGGCCAAAAAUAGCUUUAGGUUAUGCCUUAAAAUUUCUUUUGGACACAUUUUAACAUGAAA